AUGGCGACACGGCGGACGACCAAGGUCGAAGUACCUAUUCCACCACCUUCCACGUCCAAUGCCAGCUCCGUGAAGUCCAACCAAGCCGACAUGGCGCUCGGCGCGGGUUCCGGCYCGCCCUUUCUGCCCACGGCUCUCGAGGCGACGCUGCUCGCCAUCUAUCCCAUCACCCUCGUCUUCGGCUCACUGUUCAGCACGCUGCAUCCCAACACGCGCUUCGCCACAUACCUCCCGGACUCGCAGUCAUACGACCCGCGCAACGCGCCCAGCUACUUUGCUAAGAAGAGCAAUGUCUUCAACGUGUGGUUCGUUAAGAUUGGCUGGUUCUGGACGACUUUGGCCUUUUUGCUCUUGAUCUUCUCUCACUCUUCGCUGGGACCGCCGCUUUCGCUUCGCCUCACCAAACGACGCGUGCAAGCCAUGGUGCGCUACACGUCCAUCACGCUGAUAUGGAUCUUCGUCACUCAGUGGUUCUUCGGGCCUGCCAUUAUCGAUCGCAGCUUCAGAUGGACGGGUGGACAAUGCGAGAUCAUCAAGGGCAAGACAGCAGAGGACCGUGCCGAGAAGGCAGAGAUGGGUGACUUUCGCGAGGUCUUCACUCACGCUGCAUGCAAGGCAACGGGUGGCACUUGGCGAGGUGGACAUGACAUAAGCGGACAUGUGUUCUUAUUGAUCCUGAGUAGCGCCAUGUUGUGGCUCGAGUUGCUGCCUGCGGUUCUGCGGAACGAGGGAUUGCGGGAGGCUCGACGCAUUCGCACGCACCAUGGCUUGAACAGGAGUGCGGCAGUCGAGUCUGGGGAUAGAGAACAGGAAGCGAAAGACUUGGGAGUGGGGAUCACGGUCUCACUUGCAGUGGCCGUGUUCAGCUGGUGGAUGCUUUUGAUGACUGCAGCAUACUUUCACACUUGGGUUGAGAAGUUGACAGGUCUACUGGUGGCUUUUGGCUCCAUCUACUUGGUCUACUUCCUACCAAGAGCCGUGCCUUUGUUGCGACAGGUCUUGGGCAUGCCCGGAGUUUGA